UCCUAUACAUGGUAGAUAAUAUUUGAGUGGGUGUUGUCAAUUUAUUGACUCCCUGAAACAGACUUUAGAUAAAGAUUUAAAAUAAAUGUAAACAAUAAGUCAUCUUUAAAGCAGUAAAGAUUCUGUAGUUUGCAAAAAUAAUGUAGUGAUUUGUUAUCAUUGUGGCCAUGCUUUCCUCUUUCUAGUACUAUCCUUCCAGUUACUAAAUCUGUUAUUCAGCCUUUGUCUGUGUCUCUACAUCUAUACUGCUACUUCAAGUCCAGGCUACUAUCUUCUUUUACCUAAGCUCAUCUCAUGUUAUUCUCUCUGUCCAAUACACUUUCCCCAUAAAGCAGCCGAAGUGAAAACUUUGAAACACAUUUGUCACCUCCCUGGAUUAGAACCCUACAGUGUGUUUCUCUUGUCCUUAGGACAUCAUCUAAAAUCCUUAGUCUCUACAAGAGUAGGGCUAUUUCUAUUUUCUUCUCUAACAUAUGCUCCACUUUCAGUAUUUGCCUAGAACACAGUAGGUUCUCAGCAGAAGAUGAGACUGUAUCAGGCUAACAAUCUGAGUUUACACUCUGUUUUCUUUAUGUUGAAUUUUUAGGUGUGGGAUAGACAUUUUUGCUGAAAGUAGGUGGGAAUGGUUUGCUCCUGCUACCCACAGAAUGGUAUAUUGGGUAGCGUUGAACCAUACAUAAAAACUGGCAGCUGGCCCAGGUACAUGCACUAAUACAUGAAUUAUUUUUAUCUUUGCCAUUGCCUUACAGCUAGAAAAAAAUUUUUUACAUGACUGGGUAGAUUUCCUUUGUCUAUUCAGAAUGAAGGAAGAAACCCAAGGCUUUAAAAAAUUCCUACCAAUUUAUUUAUUGCUUUACAGCUGAUUCAAAUUUUUAUGUAUCUUGACUCCAAGGCUUUAAAAAAUUCCUACCAAUUUAUUUAUUGCUUUACAGCUUAUUCAAAUUGUUAUAUAUUUUGACUCAUUGCUUAGCUUUCUGGCCAAUAAGAUUUCAGUAUGCAAUGCACUAAUAUAAACACUUGGAUUGGUUUAACUACCUCUGAUGUCACAAUUUCCCCAUUAGGAUGUCAUAAUUUUUUUGAAAUCACAUGGUACCAAUCACAAGUCCUGUUAUUUUGUUUCACUAUGAGAAAGAUAAUCUACCAAAUAUAAAAAUGCUGGAAGGAGCAAGAUACCUUUUAUCCAGGGAGACCUUUUCCAUUUAUGUGCUUUAGUAAUCUACUGCCAACAAACUGUCGUCUUUAUGUUCCUUUACAAUUGAUGUUGUUUUGUUUUCUCGUGUUUGUCUGUUAAUAGACAAAUGGAGGCAUGAGCUUCCUCAGGAUUACUCCUUCGACUCAUAGUUCUGUUUCAUCUGGACUUUUGAGGCUUAGUAUCUUUCUACUACUUAGCCUUCCUGACUCAAAUGGAAAAGCCAUUUGGACAGCUCACCUGAAUAUAACAUUUCAGGUGGGAAAUAAGAUCAUAUCAGAAUUAGGAGAGAGUGGAGUGUUCGGGAAUCAUUCUCCUCUGGAAAGGGUGUCUGGUGCGGUGGCACUCCCUGAAGGAUGGAAUCAGAAUGCUUGUAAUCCUUUGACCAAUUUCAGCAGGCCCGAACAGGCGGACUCUUGGCUGGCCCUCAUUGAACGAGGAGGCUGUACUUUUACACAUAAAAUCAACGUUGCAGCAGAGAAAGGAGCAAAUGGGGUGAUCAUCUACAACUAUCCAGGUACGGGCAAUAAAGUAUUUCCCAUGUCUCACCAGGGGACGGAAAAUAUAGUCGCGGUGAUGAUAGGCAACCUGAAAGGCAUGGAACUUUUGCACUUGAUUCGGAAAGGAGUCUAUGUGACAAUCAUCAUUGAAGUGGGGAGAAUGCACAUGCCAUGGCUGAGCCAUUACGUCAUGUCUCUGUUUACCUUCCUGGCUGCCACAGUUGCCUACCUUUUCUUAUAUUGUGUCUGGAGACCUAGAGUGCCCAAUUCUUCCACCAGGACACGAAGUCAGAUAAAGGCAGAUGUGAAGAAAGCUAUUGGCCAGCUUCAACUGCGAGUUCUUAAAGAAGGGGAUGAGGAAUUAGACCCAAAUGAAGACAGUUGUGUUGUUUGCUUUGACACAUACAAACCCCAAGAUGUAGUACGCAUUUUAACUUGCAAACAUUUUUUCCAUAAGGCAUGCAUUGACCCCUGGCUUUUAGCCCAUAGGACAUGUCCCAUGUGCAAGUGUGACAUGCUGAAAAUUUAAGAAAUCCCGAGAAUUUUCUGAAGAUGUAACCAGAUCUUUCCAAAUAUUAAGAUUAAAUUCUCUUAUUGUACUUUAUAAAGAGAGAAAAUUUCAGCUUCUCUACCCAAGUACCAACAAGUGUGAAAUUCGUGUUUCAAUAAAACUCCAUAUCAUGCCCAGC